CGAACUAGAUUCCAUCACGAGGUUAUGAUGAUAGGGGAUGAGGGUGUUGAAAUGGGCUGUAGUCAAGUUAGCUUCAAGGCAAAAUAGAUGAUUUACAAUGGAGCGACUAAGGAUAGCGGGAUAGCGGGAUAGCAACAGCAUCUCAUGAUAACUUCAUAAUACAUGAAGGGAUGAAGAACUGGCCUGUUUCCGGGGUGGGUUUUUUUAUAAUAAUCAUGCAUAGCGAAGGUGUUCAGGUUGUGUAUUUGCAUAAAUUAUAUACACAAACAAGAUUACUACUAGGAUCACAAGGACCACUACGUACGUGUUCGCAUCAAUGUUUACGGAUGACCCUUUCAAAAGUUUUGUCCAUAGGGCGCCCCUGUCAGGGCCGACGCGCACUGACCAUGAUUGGCUGACACCUGGCGGCCUAAAGAUGAAUGUAUAUACAAAAC